AUGAGGUCGCAGAGAAAAGAUGUGAAAAGGCUGGACAGAGACCCGGGGGAGAGGCUGUCAGGCGCGGGCGGCUGCCGCCUCCGCGACUCGCGAGCGCCGGUGGACGAGGACGGCGGCCGCCUCCCCAGCCCGCACGCGUGGAAGACCGACGGCCGGCACGGUCUGCGCGGCCACCAGUUCAGGGAAAGAGUUAGCGAGGACCAGGAGUUGGGCCGCUGCGACGGCGGGGAGCGGCACCGCGAAGAGCGCCGUCCCCGGCUUCCCGCGGGCAGGAUAAACGACGACGUGGGCUUCUCGUGCCGGGACUCGUGGAGAGUCGGCGAAGACCUCGGCCCCCACCGCCAUGUCUCUCGGGAGCGGGUCCUGGGCGACGACGGCUACCGGCCCAGCGGCUCCUGGGCGAGAGUGAGGGGGGACCGAGGCUUCCCCCGGAGCUGCGGGGCGAGGGCUGGCGCCGAAGCGGGGCCGUGGCCCAGCGACGCCGGGGAGGCCGUCCGGGAGGGCCGCGGCGGCGGCGGCGGCGGCCUGGGCCUCGGCCUGGGCCUCAGGGGCUCCUGGGACGGCGUCGGGGAAGGCCCGGGCAACCGGGGCCGCGACCAGCGCGGCCGCCCCUCGAACGGCUCCUGGGAGGGGGGCAGCGCGGACGGCAGCAGCCACGGCCUCAGUAGCUCCUGGGACGGCGUGAGCGACGACCGCGGAUACGUGGCCAGCGACUCCUCGGCGGGGAGCUUGGGCGCAGACGCCAGGCGCCGCUGCCUGAGCGGCUUCUGGGAGAGAGAAAGCGAAGACGACGCCUGGGAGAGAAGCGGGAGGGAGGACGGGCCGGCCCGCGCUGACGACGACGGCGACGACGGCGGCGACGACGACGACGACGACGGCGACAGCCGCAGCCGAAGCAGUGGUUCAUGGGUGAGGGCCAGUGAAGACCGCCGCAGCAGCCGGGGCCUGGACUCAACGCCUCCCCAGAGCCCCAGGCCGAGGGCACGCGCCAUGCCAGGGGUGGACAAUUCGGGGGGCUCCUCCACUUCGGCUGGAGAGACUCCGAACGCGUAUUCCAAGAAGAAAGUGCAUUUUGGUAGCAUUCAUGAUGCAGUACGGGCUGGAGAUGUAAAGCAGCUUUCAGAAAUUGUAGAACAUGGAACCAACAUUAAUGAAGCUGAUCUUCUUCAUAAAUUUACCCCUUUACAGUGGGCGGCACAUUCUGGAAGUUUGGAGUGUCUUCAUUGGCUGCUCUGGCAUGGAGCUGAUGUCACACAAAGUACUGCGAGAGGUUGGACAGCAGCUCACAUAGCUGCAAUCAGGGGUCAGGAUGCUUGUAUGCAGGCUCUUAUCAUCAAUGGAGCAAAUCUGGCAGCUCGAGAUGAUCGUGGGUGCACUCCUGUGCACCUUGCUGCAACCCAUGGACAUUCCUUCACUUUGCAAAUAAUGCUCCGAAGUGGAGUGGAUCCCAGUGUGACUGACAAGCGAGACUGGAGACCUGUACACUAUGCAGCCUUUCACGGUCGGCUUGGCUGUUUGCAACUUCUUGUCAAGUGGGGAUGUGGCAUAGAAGAGGUAGACUGCAAUGGGAACCUCCCGGUUCACCUAACAGCCAUGGAAGGCCACCUUCACUGUUUUAAAUUCCUAGUCAGUAGAAUGAGCAGUGAGAAACAAGCUUUAAAAGCCUUCAAUGAUAAUGGAGAAAAUGUAUUGGACCUGGCCCAGAGAUUCUUUAAACAGAACAUUGUACAGUUUAUCCAGGGGACUGAGAAUGAAGGAAAUAAUGCAGAAGAUCAGGAAAGUUUAGCAUUUCCAGGUCAUGUGGCUGCCUUUAAGGGUGAUUUAGCAAUGCUGAAGAAAUUACUAGAAGAUGGAGUGAUCAAUUUUAAUGAGCGUGAUGAUAAUGGAUCAACUCCAAUGCAUAAAGCUGCUGGACAGGGCCACAUAGAGUGUUUGCAGUGGCUAAUUAAAAUGGGAGCAGACAGUAAUAUUACUAACAAAGCAGGAGAGAGACCCAGUGAUGUGGCCAAGAGAUUUGCUCAUUUGGCAGCAGUGAAGCUAUUAGAGGGAUUACAGAAAUAUGACAUCAAUGAUCUGAAUGAAAUUGAUGACAAUGAUAUGAAAUUUUUUAUAAGGCAUGGUGUUGAGGGAAGCACUGAUGCCAAGGAUGACUUAAGUCUGAGUGAAUCUGAAAAAACAGAUGCCAGAAUGAGAGCUUAUAAGAAAAUCGUAGAGUUGAGACACCUCCUGGAAAUUGCUGAGAGCAACUAUAGACAUUUGGGUGGAAUAACAGAAGAGGAUCUCAAGCAGAAGAAAGAACAGCUUGAGUCUGAAAAGACUAUCAAAGAGCUGCAGGGGCAGCUGGAGUAUGAACGACUCCGCAGAGAAAAGUUAGAAUGUCAACUGGAUGAAUAUCGAGCAGAGGUGGAUCAACUCAAGGAAAACCUGGAGAAAACUCAGGUCCCCAGCUUCGUGCCUGUGGAAGAAGAGUCCUGUGAGUCCAGCAAAGAGAAGAGGCGAGUGAAAAAGAAAUUGUCUUCUGGGGGAGUGUUUGUGAGACGGUACUAAUCAGUGAAGUAAUUUUAAAUAAACUUUCUUGAUUUUUCUUUCA